UCCGGAAAGCCCAAACCUCCACCAGUACCUCCGCACAGGAAAAGAACAACUUGUUACAACUGCUCGGCUUUCUUACUGCCGUGGUCCUAUCAUUUACAUUUGACGAACUAUUAAAGGCUACAUUUGCGGGGGUGCAAGGAUGGAGCUGGCCCAUCAUGGUCUGGUUCUCCUACAAAGGCUGAAUGCUCAAAGGGAGUUUGGCUUCCUGUGUGACUGCACCAUUGUCAUUGGAGAUGUUUUCUUCAAAGCUCACAAGGCUGUCCUGGCUGCCUUCUCGAACUACUUCAGGAUGCUUUUCAUUCAUCAGGACAGUGAGUGUGUACGUCUGAAGCCAGCAGACAUCCACCCAGAGAUCUUCAGCUACCUCCUGAACCUGAUGUACACAGGGAAGCUGACCCCACAGCUUAUCGACCCAAUGCGACUGGAGCAGGGUGUCAAGUUCCUGCAUGCUUAUCCUCUUCUGCAGGAAGCCAGCCUGGACCUGCAGCCCAGCGCACAGUCUGCUAUGCUAACCAACUCCCUUUACGGCAUCCAGAUCUCAGAACAGCUCUCCAGUGCCUCCCCGCCCCGCAAGCGAAAGCACACCUCCUUCCUGUCGCCUGAAAACGCAGCCUGUGUUCCCAAGCAGGAGCUUGGAGGUGUGGAGAUGGCUGUUUCCGAGUCGCCCCACGUGUCAGCGGAGAGGAAGGUGUCCUAUAGUCCCACCACCCCUUCUGCGUGCCCCCCACUUCCAUACGUUCAGGUGGGCCUGGCUCAGCGUAGCGCCUCCCGCAGGAAGCACUACACGUGCAGCCGCUGUGGUAGCUUGUUCACUCAGCGCAGUCAGUUGAGGGAGCACAUGGUCCUGCACUUCCAACAGGGCUCCCAGCAGGGGGAGCUUGUGAGCUCACAGCCUCAGGAGCAGGAGCCGUGUGGAAAUAGAAGUGGAGACGCAACACCCGACAGCUCUCUCGCUGAGCCCGAAGCGGAGGAAGAGACAGUGCGCGCUGACAGCGAUGUUGUCAACAGCGACGGGGAGCUGCCGGCGCUGGUUGUUCAGCAGGGUGGAGACUCCACACCUCCUCCCUCGGACAUUGCCGAUAUCGACCGCCUCGAGGAAGGGUCUGCGGUGGAGGCGGGUGGGGAUGCCAAACGCCGGCGUUUCCAGUGCCCGACCUGCGGGCGCAAGUUCCUGCAGCGGAGCCACUGGCGCGAGCACAUGUACACCCACACGGGAAAGCCUUACCGCUGCAGCGCGUGCCACAAGUCUUUCUGCCGUGCCAGUCAGGCGGCGCGCCACACCUGUCGCCUGCUCUCCCCGGAUGCUUACACCAUGGUGGACCCACAAUGCUUGCUAUUGUGUGACGGGGUGGAUGGCAGCCAGACGGAGGCCCUCUUCUUGCCCUCUAGCCGGCCGUAUAAGUGCCACUCCUGUGCUACCCCCUUCAGUAGCCCGGCUGAGGUCUUCAAACAUCACUGCAGUCAGGCAGUGGCUGAUCAGGGUUUUGUACGCCCACAAGAUGCAACCCAGAGCAAUGGUUCAAGAGAUACAAGCCCAGUAUGUCCUGAUGGUGAUGAAAGCUGAAUAAGCCUUGGGUCAAAAGUCUUUUUUUCUUGUGCUACAUUUACAGGUUUUCAUACAAAUUGAUUUUAUGUUCUCUUUAUUCAACAUUAUUUAAUUUUUGUAUUUACAUGUUUAUAGAUUUUUUUUUGUUGGAAAACAAAAAAAAUCAUAUUUUCAUAUUUUUGAUAACCUUUGUUUAAUAAACACAUUUUUGUAAAUAAUAUUCUA